AGAGAAGGGAAGUUGUGGACGACCCCGGUGCGAUGGGAAGGUCGGUCAUGGAUGUCGGUGAUGAUCCCAGUUAUGAAUUCGUCCGCUGACGUCGGCUGUUGUCACAAUAGAGGAACUUGCCCGGCCGCAGAUGAACAGUUAUCAACGUCGACAAAGGAAGGAUAAUGUAAGAGUUGUUGCCGGUGUAGAUUUCCGAAGCCUGCAAAGUAGCAACGAGGGCUGGCCGUUGCUCUCUAGCGAAGGGAAGAGGGAGAAGGAGUCUCGGCCCUUGGACAGCAGCAGUGUAGCUUGCUUGCCCAGAGGAUCGAUGGAAAACCUUUUGUUGCUGGGAAGACUAAGAUGCAAGUGGCGAUUCAGUGAAGGAAGUCAGAAACCCACAAAAGGAACAUCAGAUGCCUGGAUGUGAGUUGUUGGAUCCACGGUAUCGGGGAGUUUGUUGAUUUCUAUAUGAAAAGGGUGGACAUCCUUCCGUUCGAG